UCGCUCAACUUGACUCCUGUCCGUCUUCUUAAGUUGACCGACGAUAGAAUUGAUGCUUUAGUUACCGAGCGUCAUAUCCAAACAACCCAAGGUGACAUUAUUGAAAGUGCUCGUGACGAGCUUGCAAUUGACAAUUUAGUAAUGCAACAGCCUGCUUUAAGCUUAUUACAUGUACAAAUCAUGGAGCGAUUGCAUGUCGAUAUUGCGUUCGGAGUUGAUAUAAUUGAAAAUAAUAGCUUUAAUAAUUUGGUACCCUUCUUGAAAGCAGAACUUAAAAAGCAAUCCUUACCUAAGGUUCCUCGGGCUGCAAGCAUUGCAGCAGCUGCCGCAAUUGCUAGACAAGAUGGCGGGUCAAAUUCAGAUAAUGCAUCACACGAACGAUCGCAGCGUAGAGAUUCAGCGAUUAAAGAAGAACUUUGUGAAGUAAAUAAACUUAUUAUUUUUCAACAGCGGCAGAGUGGCGCAGGAUAUUGUCUUCGAAAUCAUAUUUGUAAAUAUAUUAUGCGCGCUAAAGGAAAUCUCUCUGAAAGCACACUCAG